AUGAACUCAUUAAAAAAGAAACCGAUCUAUCGCAGUUUAAGAAGUAUUGAAAAAAUUAUUGAAGUUCGGACGAGACAUUUCAAAAUUAAGAUUAAGAUCGAGAAUGAUGAGCUUAAGGAUAAGAAUACUGAAAUCCCUGAACUUAGAAGGAAGUUCGCUGAGACUGAGGCUGAGAGAGCUGAACUCAAGGGCAAGGUUACCGAGCUUCCAAAACAGGGUGUGGAAGAAAGUAAGAGGCGUGAUGCCGAGAAUGCCAAACUCAAGACCAAAAUCAAGGAGUUGGAAUCUGAAAAUGUUGACUUUAGAGAUAGAAUCACAAAAGUAGAACAGAGACCGAUGCUAAAUGACCCAACAACAGUUCACCUAACUUCAAUUUGGUUGCAGAUCAUAUACCCAUGGCAACGCAUCAUGAAAAACCAUUGGUAG